GCUUCACAGCGGGGCCAAAGAAAAGUAAAGAGUAUAAUCGCCGGAACUGCUGCCUAAACCUGUUUUGCCCAAGUGAACACAACAACAAAAGCAGCGAAAACGCAUGCAAGUGACGAAACGACCUUAAGCAAAGCAAGAAAUAAUUAUAAAUAAUUUACUUGGCUCUCAAUUGAAUAUAUCUUACAUAUAUAUUUGUAAAGCGCACAUCCUCGGUGACGCAGUGGGGCCCAGGAAAAGCCCAAAAUGCAAAUUGCUGCGGCGUGACUAAGCAUGCAAGAUAACAUCGAUUCAAAAAUUAAAAAUUUUUUAAACGUGGCUUAGGAAGUGGGAGUGUAUAAAACAAGACCGGGCCAACGAAAGAAGCAAUACAAUGACAUUGGGCAACAAAGGCGUCGGCAAAGUUCUUUGUCUGCGAUUGCAGCGCCAAUUAUUACUGGUUGUUGUAACGCUUUUCCUGCUUUUCACCGCCGCCCUGGCCGAGGACGAGGAGGAGGAUGGUCCGUAUCGCGGAAAGUACCUGGGAAAACUGAACUCGUACCAUCAUCAGGUGUCCGGCGAUGUGUACGCCGUAAAUGAGUACACCUUCUUGAUUGUGGGCUUCAACUAUGACGGCAACGGGGCGGAUACGUUCUUCUGGUCGGGGGCCAGCAAUCGCCCGGGACCUCAGGGAUUUAUUGUGCCCGAUGAGUACGGAAAAACCAACAUUCUGGAUCGCUAUCACAACAAGGACUUCACCCUGACACCUGCCCGAUCGAAAAAGAUAACCGAAAUCAAAUGGCUGGCGGUCUACGAUCUGAGCAGUCAGAACAACUUUGGGGAUGUCUACAUCCCCGAGGAGUUCGAGCCGCCUAUGGCCCAGUUGGGCGGAACCUUCUCCAAGCGCAGCCACAAUGUGAGCAGCAGCAGCAUCGAGAUCCUGGACUCGAAGACUAUUCGCAUCACGGACUUCACCUACGAUGGCCGUGGCAAGGCCCUUUUCUGGACGGGAGUGGGGGCACAGCCAUCUAGUCGAGGAAGCAAGCUGCCCGAUGAGCGAGGAUACCUGGAUCCCAUAAGGAUGUACAACAAGGAGACUAUUGAAUUGGCUCCGGGAGACAAGACCAUCUUUGACAUCGAUUGGAUCAAUUACGAUGUGGCCGAUAACGAGAACUACGGCCAUGUCCUGAUCAACGAGGCUGAAUGUCCUCCCUCCCUGGUGAAAGUUACGCCUUUCGAGUUCUCACUGCCCAAUUGCCGGCAGCUGCACAAGGACAUGCAAGUGUCCUGGGAGGUUUUCGGACCACAGAUCACAUUUCAACUAUCCGGUCAGGUGGCUGCCAACGAUUACAUGUCCUUCGGCAUAUCCGGAUCAGAUGUGUCCAGUCAGAUGAGUUCCGAUGUGGUUGUGGUAAUUGACGAAAUCCGCGGUUACACCGUGGAUUACAAUAUCACCUCGCUGGCGCCCUGCGUUCAGGUUUGGGCCCAAAACAAGGGAGUUUGCCGGGACGAUGUGGUCGGUGGAUUGGAUAGCUUUCAGUUGAACACAUAUAGCCGCAAGGAUGGCAUCAAUACGAUCAGUUUCAGGCGAACCCUUAAGUCGUCUGAUGAUGGCGAUAAGGAGAUCUUUCUAGAUCGCAGCAACUACGUGGUGUGGGCAUUUGGCCAGUUGGAUUCAAACAACGAGCCCGCCUUUCACACCUACUAUCCCAAGAGCGAUAUAGUAAUUGAUUUUAAUACCACGGAACCGGUCAACGAUUGCUUUGCCUUCACUAAACAAAUGGAGACACCUCCGCCUCAGUUGUGGGAGCGAACCAGGAUUACAGAUGCAACUGUACGCACCUUCAAUGCCUAUUUGGGACCCUCUGGAGGACUUCGUGGCUAUCAGGGAUUAACUGGUCAUGUGUCCAGCGGCUUGGCCUGGUACAUCAAUGGCUAUAUGAUCCCAGAACUUUACCUAAAGCGCGGUCUGACCUACACUUUUAAGGAGGGUGGUAAUAAUCCGCACUCGCCCGAGCACUAUCAUCCGUUGGUUAUCACCGAUGAUCCAGGAGGUUUUGAUCGAUUGUCGGAUGCCAAGCAAAGUGAGAUUCGUGUACUGGCUGGAGUGGAAUUCACCAGAAGAGGCAGGCCCAAGCCCACAGCAGCUGGUCCCCUUUGCUUGUCGAGAUAUCCUCCGAGCUAUGAUCGUCGUCUCGAUGAUAACUUCCCCACUUUCAAGAAGUUCAAUCGAUCGCUGAUCACCGAAUGUGUGGAUGAGGCACCGGCUUUGUUGGAAAUCACACCGAACAUCACCUGGCCGGAUACCGUGUACUAUAACUCCUUUACCCAUGGUAAUAUGGGCUGGAAGAUUCACAUCGUGGACAGCUACACCAAUCUAAGAAGCGGGGCGAAGGCCUUAUCCUGGUCUUGCAUCAUUCUGCUGCCUUGGCUGGUGCUUCAGAACUGACUGUUUUUCUCAUUCUUAGAUUCUCCUAUUUAGUGUCUUAGUCUAAAUUAAGCAGUCACAAUCUAUGUAUUUAAUACGCGUGUGUAGAAUGUAUGCUCAACGUUGUGUAUAUUAUUAUUUAAAUGAUAUUUAAAUACAGAACUGUGUUGUACUUUAGAAUGAA